ACUAGACAUCACCUCCAUCGUACGGCAAUGGUAUCUGCUGAGCCGCUCGAGCAUCUCGCCAAUCGUCCUCCUACUCCUCCCAAAGACAUCGACCACGAAAUAAACAGAGUCAUUAGCCUUCUGGACGUCGACUUUGAAACCGAGCUCGAUCAGGUGCAANAACCCUGUUCCCGUACAGGCACCCCGGUCCAACCCUCUCCUCCCUCUUCACAAGGAGAAGGCUCACGGCACAAGUCAAGCAAGCGGGUCGAGUUCUCGCCAUGCGUCACUGCUCAUGAUCCUACACCCUUUUAUGCCACUUCAGCAGGCGCUGCCAGUCCAAUCCCUCGUCGCUUCCCCUCGAGCAAGCAGCCCAGACCCGUUAGAUCUAUCUUGAAGGCCACACUUGACCUGCAGACACCCACACCUGAUGCUGCAUCGCCUGCCGCCGACUACUUCUCCAUCUCCGACCCGGAGACCUUUCCCGUCAUGCUCGACUCGAUUCUGAAGUUCCUCGACGCCCCCUCGACGGCACUCCGCUUGGAUGGAUACAGUACUCUCAAUGGCGCUCUCAAAGCCUACGAUGACUUGCCCGACGUUGAUGCCAUGCGAUCCAAAAUGCCUCUUCUCACCAAACACAUUUCUCGAGAUAUUCUUGAAUCAAGUCGCAAAUCGGAUCCGAUGACAUCAAGUCUGACCACACAAGCUCUGAAGCUCACAACUGCACUCCUUAUGCUACCUGCUCUCGCCGACGCUCUCGACGAGCAAUUCCAGACUCUGCUCGUCGAUCGUGCUAUAGAAGUUCUGGAACAAGAUCCAGUGCCAAAGUCGAUCGCCAACCACCACAUGUUUCUUCUGGCAACUCAACGCUUCUCAUCGAGAGUUGUCAAUGCGUCCAAAGUAGAGCAAAUUCUCUCUUCGCUCACCACCAUCCACGAUCGUGUCAGCGGCAACAGUGUCAUUGCAUCUCGCUUGGUGAUUUUCCAGCGCUUGAUGGACCAAGCCCCUACUACCAUGCUCAGUAAUAUGCGUGAAUGGAUGCCCCACGUCUUCCACGGUGUUCUGAGUAGCAUCAAGGACGUUCGGGUGCGUGCCAUUGAGACUGGAAUGCAAGCUGCCAUGAUGUACGGUACAAGCUACUCAUCGACCAAAGUCAUCAUUGAUCUUUUCCACACAACUACUACUGAGGCUAGCAACUAUGGCGCCUAUUUCACUGCCCGUCUGUUUGACAUGUCUAAGCCAAAAGAGAGUGGUGAGAACACCGACCUCGAGGAGGCUGUUCCCCAGAUCUGGUCAAUGGUGGUGCUUUUCUUCAGGAGCAAGAAGGUAAAGCUGUCACAAUGGCGACUGUUUUGUGAAGAGUGGUUCCUCCUGAUCCAGAAUUGCCUCAACAGCAAGAACCUCACUGUCAAGUUCCGAGCCACAUGCGCCUGGAACCGACUCGUUUAUGUCGCCAAUCCAGAUCGCGAAAUGCUAGAGAAAAUGGAAGGAUGGGAUCAUACGCUUCGAGUCCCCUUCGUACAUAUUCUUCACACGAACAAAGGCCGAGACAAGAAGAGUAAGGAAGUACGCCACAUCGCACUUUCCGGCUAUUGCAACUUGCUACACUAUGCUCUAAGACCCUCCCAGCCUUGGCAAGAUCUUGACUAUUUUUGGGACGUAUAUGUCAAGGAAGUCCUUUUGAAGCUACUGCUCUCUGGUGGAAGAGAUGCCAGUCUAGCUUGUCGGGUACUCAAGGCCCUUUUCGACGGCAAGUCAACUGUCUGGGACGAGGAGGUAGCCAACAAGGCUCCAAUACUACCUGAGGCUCUGUCUCGAUUGGAUUCUAAGUGGAUACGCUCCAGGGCUCACAAAAUACUAGACUUGCUAGGCCCUUUUCUCGAGCUGUCCCUAGCUCAGUCAGGAGACGGACGUGGUAUUGACGGAACUCCUUGGCGCGAGUUCUUGACUGCCGUUGCUAGUGCUGGAAGUCACGAGGUACUGCGGUCGCAAGAACUCAAAGAGUGCUUAGCUCAGCUGAUGAACUUGUUCGGUCGUCUAUGGGCGAAGGCUCCAAAGAAUGUGGAUCAUUUGGAGACACCUUGGAUUUCACGUUUCACAGCUCUUGUGCAAUGCUGCAUCGAUGCAAUUGGACCAUUACCAUUCAGCGAGGAGAACCUAACUCGUAGUGAAUCUAAGAGUUUCGAGGCUGCACCGACUCCAUCAAAUCGGUCAUCGAAACACCAUGCGAAAUUGCAAUCACCUGCCGUUUUCUUAUUCGAUCUAUUUGCCCAACCACCAAACGCAAUCAGCACAGAUGCAGCUUACUCUGAUGCUGCUGGAGAGUUACUCCAUCAGAUCUGCCAGGGUAGGACUUCACGCAAGGAACGGCUGGAACUUAUACGCAAAUGCUCACAAGCAAGCUUGGCAACGACUUCGGUGUUGCUAUGGAGGACUGCAGUACAGGAAACCACUGCAGUUCUUCUUGACUCCAGCCUGAACGAAUCUGUCCAAGAACCAACUCGCCUUGGGUACCAAGCUCGGCAUGCUAUCUCAAUAUUGGCAUCGGGUCUCCAUCAUCAACAUGAUGAGAGCGGUGCGUUGUCAGCCGCUUUCGAACUUGUCAGUGUAUUAGCAAGGAUUCUGAAACAAGAAGCCGGUGAAGGUGGUGUGGUUCUUGGUCUCAUGGAACCUUUAGCCGAGGCGCUCUUGCAGCAAAAGGACGAGAUGAUUCCAAAGAUUGUCCUUGUUCAGGUCACCAAUAAGUUGCUACGAGUUGGAACAUUCCCUCGUAACAAACAGCAAAUGGACGAAGCGCGCAGAUCUCUUUGGAACACGCAUUUGCCAUACUCGAAGCAGACGAGCUUCGAGCCAUUCAACCACGUUUAUGAGCUCGCAAAUUCAGCGCUGUCGAUCUCAUAUGGUAGUAUCGAGGAGACUGCAGGAUAUCUAGCACAGUUCGUCGAAGCGGUCCAAGACUUCCUGUCGAAAUGUCCUCUGUCCCUGUUCGCCUCGCCUGCAUUGCGCAGAGUGCAACAUGGAUUGUCGCUGAUUGUCAAGGAUGAGGGUCGCGUACUUGCAGGUACUAAGGAGGCUCAAGAUGUGUUCUCUAAGUCCAUACUCGAACAGCUGAAGAACCUGCCCUCGAACAAGACUCUCUUGAAAGCCUUGGACGAAUUGUUUGCAGCUGGCUUGAAUAGCACACAUAGAGACAUCAUCAACCUCACCGUGUCUUUCUGGAACACAACGUUUGGUCAACUCGACUCGCUUGAGUAUCCUAGCCAGGUUGAGCAAGCGAUGAGGCGUCUUCAGCCGCUCGUCGAACUUGAUCUGCCUACCUUUCCGAAGAACGUUGAUGCACUGGCACCGUCACCACUACGUGACUUAAUUGAGUCGCAGCAAGAUAUCGAUGUCCAGGACACGCCUUCACCCUCUAAGCAGCAACCCACCAGAAGAUCGAAGAGAACGAGUGUGCUUAAUCGUGCUACCUCCUCUAGUCCACAGAGAGAGCCUGUUAUGAGAAGACAGCCUAUUUCCAAACCAGCACCGAAAUCAAAGCUGCGACAUGAAGACUCCCAAGUCGAGUUCACGGCUGUCGAGAGCUCGUCACCAGUAGCGAUGGAAUCUCAACUUCUGACCGAACAUCAGAGAGAGGUCAAAUCUCGACAGCAAUUCGAGAUGGCGCCAUUGUAUCCUGAGUUCUCAUCCAGCCCGGGACCACGGAGGAGAGCGCCAAGGUCAGGACUACCGCUCCUGGACUUCUCUAGCCAGCAGGCCGUCACAGAUACAGGAUAUGCUACACCCACCCUGAAUGACGAUCAUGGACCGAUGGACGAGUACAUCACUUCCUCACCCACACCAAAGGCAACUGAGAAGUUGCAACCACCUGUUGUGGAGAACCCAGAUGUGGAUGAUUCAGCCUUCGAAGCGGAGGAUGCCAACAUCCCGUCUUCUCCGCCCGAGAUGGAAGACGAAACUGUGUACGAGGGCACGACCGAGAUCGAAAACUUGCAAACUGUAGAACAACAGGGUGUGAGCGAGACCCGGUUUGAUACUGUCCCUGAGGACUUUUCCACAAUCAUGCCCCAGGAAGAGCCAAAAGCCGACAACUCGAGAGCACUGCCGCAAAAGACACCUACAGUGGAGCAAGCGGCGGACACGCAUAUCGCAACGCACCCCUCGGUCAAACGUCUUGCUCAAAAUUCUGAGGGUGGAAUCUCAUCCGAUGUCUUCACAGACGAGCGCUCCGAACUCAACACUGAAACUUCUGCGACCAAAGAUCAACCUGAUCUCGGUCAAGUCAUUGAGCAGGCGUCGAAAGAUCAAGAUGCCAUCGAAUCCGAUGAUUCUUCGCCUAUACUCUUCACAGAUAGUCUGUCCGAACAGCUUCACAAGGAUCCCCAGAGCUCUGUGGCACCCUCUCAGAGUAAGGUGUCCGAAGCUGUUGUUACGGCUGGUGACAUUAGCAGAGUUUUGGACUCCUUCGUAGGAAACACGUCCGAUGAAGACGAUACGACAUCGGUCCNNAAGAAGAGGCGCAUAUCAGCCCGACUACCAAGCCAAACACUGCUUCUUCGGCUUCCAAGCGUAAGCGAGAAGAGCCGCAUGAAACGCGAGCUUCAGCCAAACGUCGCAAAUCAUCUGCAUCUCCGUUCAGACGCAUCGUCACAAGAACGCUCUCUUACCUCACGGGUAGUCAGAUGGNAGAAAGACGAUGAUAACGACGACGACGACGACGAAGAAGUGCAAGAUUGCAUCGUUGUCGGAAGCCAGCAGAACCAGAAAGAAGAAUCUCAGUCAGAAGCUGCAGAAGAUUCUCCAGUUCCAGAAUCGGCUCCAGCAAGCGUUGCACCAGUUAUAAGUAAACGUGGACGUGGAAGACCUAGGAAGUCAACGACAACUAUCGUGUCCGACCCAGUUUCGUCCGUCAGAACUCGAGCCUCGAAGCGGCGUGCGUCUAUGCUUGGAGCAGAAGAAGACCAAGACUCUAUGACCAUAAAUACGCCUGCACCAAGCAAGUCUCGGAGGACAACACGAAGUCAAGAUGCAAAAUCAGGCCAACCAGUUGAGCAUGUCAUGCUGUCUCCUACGCCUCGUCGUAGAGGACGUGAACUUGAGGCUGUUCUUGUCAGUCCAGGUCCAUCUGGUGAAACUUCGCUGAUAGCUGAGUCGUUGGUCGAGGAUGAUGAGGGAGUUGAUGAUGAUGCGGAAGUUGAUGAGCAGGAAGAAGACGGAAACGACGAUAAUCAGGAAGCAGACUCGCAGCUGAGGCACGAGGAAGAACGGGCAGUCCACGAACCGCCACCUGCGCAGGCCAACUGGGUGGUUGCGAGGUUGCAAGAUCUCAUCAUCAACUGCAAGACAUUGAUUGUCGGGCCACAAGAGGAACGGGAGAUCACGGAUGCUCUGUAUGAGUUAGGGCGACAUGUCUAUGAAGCCAGGAGGCGAUCAGGUCUUUAG